GAUUAGCUCAGUUAUUAAUAAUUAGGAUUUACGAGUUAAGUAAUAUGCUGCAACUAUAUCCAAUUCCUUGGCAAUUUCAUGUGGAAAGCCGAGAGAUUAUUUGAGAAAUAAUGCUGUGUGUGACGUCUCUUUACGACGGACGCACAGGCUGUGGAACCUGCGUCCUGGGUGACGCCUGUGGCCUCUCCUCGUGUGCUCGGCCGCUCGGGGCUGCUGCGCCGAUCUGGAGUGUCGUCUCACUUGUGAGACAUACAGAUUUGUCACUUUUAAUUCCAUUGUACUUUGCUUAAUUUUAUUCUUAGUAAGACCUGUUUUGCCUGCAUUCUUCCGGCAGAAGAGUUAAUGCACCUGAAGUUUAUGUGUGCAUACCUAUGGUUGACUGCUCCUUACAUUAUUUUCUCUAUUUUUUCUGAGUGCUUACUACCUACUAAACAGGCUUAGCAGAAAUAAUAUUUUUAGUAUCUUUAAAAAGAUAAUAGAGCACUUUUAACCUACUGUGUUUUCUCUGAUUCAGUGAUAUAUGAACUCUUGCAAGUCUGGAGGGAGCAGUUACAAAUCUCACUGUUUUCUCUGCCCCUUGUCCCUUUGGGUUUAGCCAGGAGCUUGAGUGGGUGCCCAGCUCCAAAUGAGCGGGUUACUGUGUUGAACGUGCAUUGGACAGUUUACACUGUAGAAGUGGGCUUGUGUUGAUGCAGCAGAGUGAAUUCUUGCCUGUGAGGCUUCCCCUGGUCCUUCCUGCUCCCAGUCCGUGCUCACGUGUCAGUUGGGACAUCGCUUGGACAGGCCUUGCCAUAGUUGUCAUCAGGUCUGAUGACAGCCCUUUUUUUGGUUAUAGUUCUCUCCUCUUUUCUGAUUAAAUUCCUUUCUUGCAACAAAUGCAAUCAUCACCUCAGCUUUCAGACUUCCUAGUUAUCGCUUCAGUAUUUGGCAUCUGCCAAGGAGAAACCCAGUGGGGAUUUUGGUUGAACAAUGAACUGUCCCCCUCGCUCCUGCCAGCCGUGGGGACUCGAGCAGCGUUACAGACCUCUGUGCUUUCCUGUCCAGAGGAACCGCCCGUGUCACAGCUGCUCGGUGCAGGGCUGCUCUGCACCCCGGAAUCCCCCGCAGCCCCCCGGCCGGGCUCCAGCGCUGGGGAGAGGCCUGGGGGGCUGCCAGGGGGCACCUGCCUUGUGCUGUGCUGCUGGUGGCGUCCCAGGCCCAUUCUGCACAUCAAAGCUUUGUGUGUUCCUUUCUUCCAGUUAAAAUCUGUGGCAAAAUCAAGCUGGCAUCUUGCAGGUAAUGAAAGCAAAGUGCCCUCUCAGCCAGGGGGAGGAAGCAGUUCAGCCUAACAAAGCCGGCGCUGGCCCCAGCCGCUUCACGGCUUCCUGAAGCUCAGUUAGAUGUAAAUGAGCUCAGUGUUUCAGCACUGGUUUGGGCGGCACAAAACCGCAGAGCAAAGGCCAAGAUUACCAGGAAUAGGGAUGUCCUUUGGUGCUUCGCUGUGCCGUCUCCAAGCCUCUGGAUUGCAGAGCGGAGCAUCCUCAAGUACUGGAGGUAUUUCUGUUCUGCUGAUCUGAUCAGAUGCAUCACACAGGAACAGCAAUCGCACCUAGAGUUGAUCUUCUGUGCAUUUGAGGGAAGCCUGACAAAUAAUUCAGUUUUGUGGUUCAAUACUAGGAAAGCAUUCUAAAUGAUUUUUGAUGUAUCCAAUGUGACAGUUAAUAGCAGAGCUAAAUAAUUACUCAUGCUAAAUUGUCCACAUAUUGCGACAAGUUGGCUUUGAAAAUAUAGGGAUAAUUAUGUUUUUCCAACAGAAGGGGAGACAAAUUUAACUGCAGAGAAGCAGAUAGUGAAGUGAGCGCAUGUUGUAAUCAUUACUAAAUGUAACAGAACAUGAAAAGCGUCUGUAUGGCUGAGUUCAGGGACGCGGCGGGCGCAGGACGCGCGGCGCGGGCAGCGGUGGCCUUGGCAGAAACGCCAAGCACGGCUUCUGUUUUACUUUUUAGAACCUACUCCGUUCUCCUUUUAUCUGUUUAUGUAAUGUACCCAAGUCACAGUUAAGUUUCAACGUUUUUACGGGCGCAGGUUUUUCAGGGUGAUGUCAUUUGUCAGAACUGACAGCAGAUUCAUGGUUUAUGUCCUAUUUUCUUACCAAAAAGCUGCUCCUUUUCCCAGCUGUGCUUCAUUAGCCAACAAUACACCAGCCCUAGCUGGCCAAGUCCAGCACCUCGUUAGACUAACAAGCAGGUGUGUGGGCACGGCUGAGGUGGCACAUGGGAUGGCAUUUCCAGACACAACUCCUGUUGAUGGGCACAUGGCAAGUGUACAAUCAAACAUUGCCCUUGUGUGGAGGGUGCUGGUGCGUUCCUGCAGCAAAAAGCCUGGAGGGGUCAUUAUUCGGGACUGCAGGGGCUGGAAAAGGCCUGGAGGCCGCUCUGCUUCCCUGUGCACCACCACGGCUCCAGAGGUGGGGCCUGCCCACGGCAGCCCACGCUGCACACGAGCGGACGCUAACGCGGAGGUAAACGCUCCUCCUUUUGCCGCUUUGCCCGGGCUGCGUUUCGCUGCGGCCGCGCGGGCCCAGCGCCGCCCCUGCCCGCCGGCUGCGGCUCCGGCUCCGGCUCCUCCCGCCGCCCGCUACCUGCGCGCCCGGGCUGCCCGCGCUGUGCGGGCGGCGGGGGCGGAGGGCAGGGGAGGGGCCGGCGGCGGGGCCGGGCCGGGCCGGGGCAGCACGGCGGUGGCCGCGGCCGCAGGGGCCGGUGGGGGCUGCGAGCGGGCUCGGCGCCGCAGGGGACGCGGGGAGGCGGCCGUGCCCCCCUCCCCGGGGACGCUGCCAUGAGGUGAGGCCCUGGGCGCUGCGGGUGGGACCGAGACCCGGAACGGGCCCUCCCCUCCCCGCCGCCGGGCGGCCCAGCGCGGGCUCCCGGCAGGUGGGAGCGGCGCCCGGCGGCAGCGGGAAGCGCGGGCCGGGCUGCUCUGCCUCUGCCCGGCCCGCCGCGGCCCUGCCGAGCGCUGCCGUUCGCUCCCCCCUCGCCGAACCGCAGGGAGCGGGCGGCGGAGAGCGGCGCCGGGCGGGAGGUGCUGCCGCCGCCCCGAGGUCGCGGCGGCCCCGAGCAGCGGGCGAUGGAUGGGGGCGGCGAGGCGGAUCUCUCCCGGCACAGCGCGGCGCCGCGGUGGCAGCGGAGAUCGACCCCCCGGCCGCAGCCCCGCGCCCGGAGCAAACCGCGGCCCCAGUCCUACCAGAGCCCCAGCGGACUGCUCGUCACCGACUUCCCCGUGGAGGACAGGUGCAGCUUCCCCGGGACUCAGCCCGCCGGCACCGCCAGCACCUGCCCGGGCAGCGGAGCGCUCCGGCGGCGCCCCGCGUUUUUUGGUUCCAGCAUGGGAUCGGUGUCCAACGGGAAGGUGCGACCACCAGCCUGCAAAGCCGUGACCCCCGAGCUGUCUCCCGAGCGGCCCUCCCAGGUGCUGGCUCUGGUUUCCAACAGUUCCGUCGGUUUUACUGCCAACGGCACCGUUCCUUCAGCGGGCGGCCAGCCGGGCCAUCCCCUGCGGGUCUGCAGUCAGUCGGCGCUCGCGCCGCAGCGGGAGCGGGUUGUUUGUACGGCCGGCCCGCAGCCCUCGCCCGCUGCCAACGCGCCUUCCCCCAGGAACAGCACCGCACCAGCGCUGCCCUUGCAGUGCAGCCGGCUUUCUAAAAUACCAGAAAAAGUGUCGCUGGGACCCUCCACGGUUUCCCCGGCGAUGUCGCCAGAACAAGGGCUGGCUCCCCAGCGGCCGGUGUCCCCUCCGGAGCAGCCCGCCGAGCAGCCCGUGGUCCUGAGCACCCACAGCCCUGCCGCGCUCAAGGUGGGCACGCAGCAGAUCAUCCCCAAGAGUUUGGCUUCGGAAACAAAGGUGACGAGCAAAACCAACGGGCAGAGUGCGGCGACGAGCAAGAGGGUGCUGAAGGUCCGCAGCAUGGUGGAGAGCCUGAGCCUGCCCUUGGUGGGCGACGGCGAGGACGAGGCCGAGGGCGACCUGGACAGCCCGGGGACCCUGCGGCGAGGCCUGCGGUCCACGUCCUACCGCAGGGCUGUGGUGAGCGGCGUGGACUUCGACAGCUCUUCGGAUCUUAAGAAGAAAAACAGAAUGUCCCAGCCCGUACUCAAAGCGGUUGUUGAAGAUAAAGAGAAAUUUUCGAGCCUGGGGAGGAUAAAGAAGAAAGUGCUGAAAGGACAAGGGACAUUUGAUGGGGAAGAGAACGCUGUAUUAUAUCAGAACUAUAAAGAGAAAGCUCUGGACAUAGAUUCUGAUGAAGAGACUGAGCCCCGAGAGCAGAAGUCGGAUGACAAGGUUGUUUUCCACUAUAAGCCCCUGAGAUCCACGUGGAGUCAACUGUCUGUUGUAAAGAAGAACGGAUUAUCAGAAGCGAUCAGCCAGGAAGAAAGAAAAAGACAGGAGGCAAUAUUCGAGGUGAUAUCUUCCGAACAUUCUUAUUUGCUGAGCUUGGAGAUUCUGAUCCGGAUGUUUAAAAACUCCAGGGAGCUGAGCCUCACAAUGACCAAAACGGAGAGCCACCACCUCUUCUCCAACAUCGCAGAUGUUUAUGAAGCAAGUAAGAAGUUCUUUAAGGAACUCGAAGCGAGACAUCAGAACAACAUCUUUAUUGAUGACAUCAGUGAUAUAGUUGAGAAGCACGCUUCUUCAACGUUCGAUCCCUAUGUGAAAUACUGCACCAACGAGGUCUAUCAGCAGCGAACGCUGCAGAAAUUGCUAGCCACAAAUCCAGCGUUUAAAGAGGCGUUAUCACGGAUCGAGUCCCACGAAGAGUGCCGGAAUUUGCCGAUGAUCUCCUUCCUCAUCCUGCCCAUGCAGAGGGUUACUCGGCUGCCCUUACUGAUGGAUACUAUUUGUCAGAAAACGCCGAAGGAUUCAUCCAAAUAUGAGAACUGUAAGCAAGCUCUGAAAGAAGUGAGCAAGCUGGUGCGUUUGUGCAACGAAGGUGCUCGGAAGAUGGAGAGGACAGAAAUGAUGUACACAAUUAACUCCCAGCUGGAGUUUAAAAUCAAGCCAUUUCCCCUGGUUUCGUCUUCACGGUGGCUGGUGAAAAGAGGUGAAUUAACAGCCUAUGUAGAAGACACUGGACUUUUUUCUAAAAGGAUGUCAAAGCAGCAGGUGUACUUCUUCCUCUUCAACGACGUCCUCAUUAUCACCAAGAAGAAGAGCGAGGAGAGUUACAACGUCACGGACUACGCUCUGCGGGAGCAGCUGGCGGUGCAGCCGUGCGCCGAGGACGCGGCGCUGGCUCCGGCGCGGAACGCCCCGGCGCUGUCUCCGGCGCGGAACGCCGCGGCGCUGGCCCCGGCGCUGGCCCCGGCGGCGCUGUCCUCGGCCACGCGGCAGGGCCAGAACACGGCCCAGCUCUUCCGGCUGCUGGUGCGCAGCAACCACGCCGGGGACAGCGUGGAGCUGCUCCUGGGCACCGACACGCAGAGCGACAGAGCGCGGUGGGUGACGGCGCUGGGGCAGGACCGGGCCGGGCCGGACGCGGACAGGGACAGGGACAGGGACCGCACCACUUUGACUCAGGUGGAGAUCAUCAGAACUUACACAGCGAAGCAGUCCGAUGAACUCUCUCUUCAAGUUGCAGACGUCGUUUUGGUUUAUCAAAAAGUCAGUGACGGCUGGUACGAAGGGGAACGGCUGCGGGAUGGCGAAAGAGGCUGGUUUCCCAUGGAGUGCGCUAAAGAAAUCACGUGUCGUGCCACGCUCGACAAGAACAUGGAACGGAUGGGACGCUUACUGGGACUUGAAACCAACGUGUAGCCGCGUCUUGCUCCUCCAUCCUGCACGCCAGGAUUUGCACCGACGGCUGGCAGCGGGCAUGGCCGCACACACACAGCGCUCGCAGGGAGAUGUGGGGCACCAGCGCAAAGAACCCAGUGACAGAGCACUGAUAUUCACAUACUCGUCCUAUCAUUUUGCAUUUUGAGAGCUCUGAACUGAGACCUGGCUCAACCAGCAGCAGAUUUUAACCAGUUUCUUAGGCACUGUGUCAAAACCUGUGUGUAACCUGAGUGAGAAUAGCCAAGCCUGUAAUUGAGAAAGGCCUGCUUGUCCAGCACAGACCCAGGGCCAGGCUUCGCAAGAAGUAAUCGGCUCUCUGACCCGUGCCAGCCAAGCCGGCAGCAGCUGCAGAGCAGGACGCGGGGCGCGGAGCGGGGCCUCCCGUGGCGCUCCAGGACUGCGCCAUUCUCAUUCAGGCAGCUCCGACUUGUUCUCCUCCUCGUGCUGCAGUGUGAAAGGGUUUCUGAAAGCAAGAAAGAGGUACCCAACUCCGCAAAACAGGCAAUGUUGAUUAGCCCAUUUUAAGAUCCAUUUCAGCAGAGGUAUUUUAAAGUAUAACUGCUGGAAAUGGGUCUAUUUUGUUCCUGUUUUCCUUGUGUUUAACUAGGUCUUCAUGUUAAGUUAUUGCUUCAGAGCAAGAGUUUUGAUGGGACUGCAGCCUACAUGAAAUACAUUGUUCUGGGUUUUGUUCUUAGUGUCUCUGCUCUCCUGUACUAGAGGAAAUUGAUCACGUCCUUCUGCGGAGCCAGAAAGUUCAACUGAACUGCAGUUUACAGGCUGUGACAGGCUCUAGUCUAAAAACCUUCACCUUGCUAAGGACCAGCCGACACCUCGGCGGGUAGAACACGUGUUCAGUAGAAGUGAGGGAAACACUUAUACAAGACUCUGCUUUGUUCCAUUCGCUGUCUUUUUUAAAGGGGCUGUAUGUUUUAUAUACUGUAAUAUGUUGAUUUGUGAAUGAAUUGGAUGUUUAUAAAGAUAUAUCUCUGUAACAAUUUAAAAUAUAUUAGGAUAGCAAUAAUUUUGUACAAAAGUACUUACCUUGGUGGUCUUGACAGUGGUUAUACAGCCUUAUAAAUUAAUUUAUAAGUGGACUGAUAAAAUAGUAAUGAGAGAAACUGUAAAUUGAACAAAAAACUUAUUUAACAUAGUGAAAAUACUGCUAAUAAAUUUUUAACAAAUUUUAUUGUACACAGGCAGAUGUUUAACACAUAACGGAAUGUAUAAAUCCAGAGAUUAAUGUUAUUCAGAUUUUUUUAAUGCAUUGUAUAUAUUUUUCAUACCUAGUUUUUCCAAAAAUGCUGUAAUUUUUUUAAAGGCAUUUUCCAGUUUUCCUGUUGUCAGACACGGUUCUUCAGGGAUGAAAGACUUCUAUGAUUUUAUAGGACAACAAUCAAUAAAAUACUUUUAAAUCUUUACUAAAAAAA